CAGCGAGGAUUAAUUCACAUCCAGCCUGGCCGGCUGUCGCUGCCUGAUCCCUCUCAUUUCAUCUCUUGCUCUUUCUCUCCUCCCGCCAGCUGUCCAGCACUCGCUACCUCUGCCCCCCACCCCGUCCACCGCCGCCGCUCGUCGGCCGUGGAUAUGAAGCGUCAGCAUGGGUUUCAUGGAAUUUUACCUGGAGAUUGACCCCGUCACCCUCAACCUCAUCAUCCUGGUGGCCAGCUAUGUCAUCCUGCUCCUGGUCUUCCUCAUCUCCUGCAUCCUGUACGACUGCCGGGGCAAAGACCCCACCAAGGAGUACGCCCCCGACAACGCGCCGCCGCCGCCCAGCCAGUCACCCAUCCGUCUGGUGGUCAUGCAGAACUCGCCCGCCUCCGCUCGUUACGAGCCCAACCACACGGCCGAGGUGCAGACGCCCGACCUGAGCCGCGACAGGGGGGAGUGCGAGAAGCGGAGCACGCUGGUGUGAGGACGAGGAGGGUUCGGGGACGGCCCCGGACCUUUAAAUCGCUAAACGGCUCUGGACGGUGCACGGCAGGCUUUUGGCUCAUCAGCCGAAAACAAAUUUGCUGCAGGUGCAGCCGAUCAGUGACGACCCCGCCACCAACCCGCGCUUUUGGACCAUUCACCUGCUGCCCAAAGGGUCAUGUGACUUAGUAGUGCGGAAGUGAAAGCGUCAUGGCUCGCCCCUGUUGGACCGUAGAUUUAAUUGGUUGUUUGGACCAGGAAGUGACCAUAUUUGGACGUGUACGUCUGGACGAGACGUUUCAUCGUAUUGUUAACUUUUAUUUGAGGGCGCUUUUAAAAGACUGUGUUUCAUGAUAAACACGACUGGAACUUUGGUGUUAGCUAACGCUAGCAUGUGAAAAUGAGCCACCUGCUGCCAUAAGUGAACUAAUAUGGUCACCCUAAGUUUGCAGUUGAAAAUAAUAAUUGUAAAAGUUUGCGGGCACGUGCUAGCGCAUAAAACAACAAAGCUAACAUGGAUCAGUCAGAGUACUGAGUCCAAACCAAUCCCGUUUGCUGUCGUUCCUGGUCCAGAAUGUCACCAUAUGAAGCUGAAACAUGUGAAGGCCCAUAGAAAUGUUACUAAUAGCUUCUCUUGGUCACCAUGUUGGUCCGCAGUGAGCAGCGUAAUCCGUCUUCUUCCCGAAGCCACCAAAAAAGACGAGCGUGUCCUCUGCGCUCAUUGGCCCAGACGCCGACGCCAGCCGCUCUUUGGAGGACUCGUGCCACCGAGGCCUCAUCGGGACAAAUCCUCUUACGUAAAAGAGCCCAGCGCUCCUCAUCCAUAAUAGGAAUUGCACAAUUAUCCGCCUGCUCCCAUAUUCCAUGUUUGUGGAUUACACGCAGAGUAUUAGCACCGUGUAUUAUGUGUUUGUGCUGCUUUUUUGUCCGCGGGGGGGUUACGUAAGCCUCGGCUUGUCAACACCGAGCGGCUACAUGAGCUCGCUGCCGGCGCCGCACGCAAACCUCGGCGUCUGAUGGUGACGUCGAACUCAACAUCCGUGGAUCUUGGCGCUCGGUUUUGUUCAGAUGUUCCUGAUGACCUUCAAAGUUGACGCAUGACCUCACACUUGUUGUAUUGUCUUACGGUUGAACAGCGACAUGACCUCUGAGUGACCUCCAUCAUGGAGGAGUCAUUUGGGAGAUUCCAAAAGAAGGAAAUGAAUUAAACGCCCUGAUGAUCACAACGUGCUGUUUGAUAUUAUUGUACAUGGACCACUAGUGGGGUCUUUGGACUACUUAUCUCACAUUUCACCUUAAAAACUCUUCUUGCCUCGCUCGCUUUUACUGUUUUUCAGGGCAGCGUCAUGACUGGUCAGCAGGGGUGUCCAUAUUUUCUUAGCGAGGGCCGCAUACGGUAAAAUCAAAGGAUACGGGGGGGCCACUUUGUGACAAAACAGCCUGCCUCUAGCUUAGUGACGUAGGUGACAAAGUCUGUUAUUCAUUUCUACACCCACUGCUCACUUUUCCAUUGUUGUUGUUGUUUUUUGUUGUUUUCAAUUUUACAGAUAUUUCAACUUCUUCUCAUGUUUUUUUCAUUACAGCGUGACUUUAUCCCCAUCAUAUAGUCUCGCAAUAUCACCGCUUGUUAGCUCCGCCAGGCACAAGCGCAGAGGUUACGUUUUUGCCGGCGUUUAUCUGUUUGUUUGUCUGUUUGUGUUCAACGUCACUUAAAAGUCAAACGUUCUGAAUGGAUUUGGAUCAAAUUUUCACAAGUUGUCGGAAAUGGGAUAUGGAAAAACGGAUCGAAUUUUGGGGGUGGUCCGGAUCACCGUCUGGAUCCAGCAAUUUGUUUGAAAGGACUUUAACAUUGCGAGUAUCACCACAAAAAAUGGUCUGAGCGCUGGGAGAGGAUUAUUUUGAGGAUUAUUUUGUUCUGACUCACAAUAUGGUGCUUUUCUAGUUUGCAACUGAAUUUUGCAUAAAUUGCAAAUGUGUUCUUUAUUUUGUUAGUAGUACUUAGCAGAAAUUAUUGUCAAAAUGUUUUUAAACAUUUGUUGGAAUUUUUGGUAUAAUGCUUACAUUUUUUAUAUCAAUAUUAUGACUUUAUUCUAAUAUUUCUACUUUAUUCUCGUCAAAUUACUUCCAUUUUUCUUGUUGUUUUUGUUCGUUUCCGUUUAAUUGUAUUUUUAAAAUGCGCCAUGGGCCAAUUAAAAAAGAAAUAAAUGAAAAAACAGCUGCGGGCUGCAAAUGGGAGUAGAAUACAAAUGUAAGGCAUUUUCAGAAGAAGCAUUCAAAGAUGCUGUGAUGAUGUGUAGUAUUCGACACUGGUCACUAGGUGUCAGUAAUGUUACGUUGAUGAGACAAUAGCCAUAAACCCUAAGCAAAAAGGAACUCUCCCAAUGCUAACAUGUGCGAGUCUUUAUUAUGUCUUAUUUAUAUCUUAUAUUUCCUAUUUUCUCUUAUUAUGUCUUAUAUCUUGGGUAAUAGAAGGGUAAAGGUGACUAUAGGGGUCUAGAGGGCUCUGAUAAUGUUAAAAAAACAAAUGUAGAAGGUUGUAAACAGGUUUUCUAUGCCUAAUAUGUCUUAUUUUCUCUACUACAGGCAUUUUUGGUAAUGGUAGUGUAAAGGUGACUAUAGGGGUGUUAUUUCAAGUCAACAGGGCUCUAAUAAUGUUAAAAAACAUAUUUAAAAGGUUUUAAACAGGUUUUCUAUACCUAAUAUGUCUUGUUUUUUCUUAUUAUGUCCACUAUAUUGACUAAUAGGAGUGUAAACGUGACUAUAGGGGUGUUAUUUCAUGUCUAGAGGGCUCCAAUAAUGUUUAAAAACAAAUUUAGAAAGUUGUGAACAGGUUCUCUAUGCCUAAUAUGUCUUGUUUUUUCUUAUGUCUACUAUAUUGACUAAAAGGAGUGUACACGUGACUAUAGGGGUGUUAUUUCACGUCUAGAGGGCUCUAAUAAUGUUGAAAACAAAUUUAGAAGGUCGUAAACAGGUUUUCUAUGUUCUAAUUAGAAAAAUAUUUCAUUCAUAAAUAACAAAUCCUACUUUGCUGAAACAAGGGAUCGCUGUACUCGCAUUCACUGCCCCUCAAAUUCACAGAUUUAAUUAUCGAAUAAAUGUUUCUCUGAAAAUAGGUUGUUUUUCCCCCCGCAGAAAACACGUCUCAUUCACCGUAUGUCAGGAAUAAUUUGUAAUCAUGUGACAAUACAGGUCAGACGUACGCCAUACAUUUAAAAGCUUUCAAAAGUCAUGCUUCAUUGACAGUUUUUUCCUUAAGCGAUGAGAUUUUGCACUUUGAUCUGAGGUUUUGAACGCCCCGUAGUAUCAGGGAGAUGCUGAGAUGUAAAAAGUCUGUUCGGCUAUGGAAUUCUUACCCCCAGUUUUGCAGCACUGGCAAAGGUCAGGCCUGUGUCGGAAUUCCAAAUCCAUGAUGCGCAUCUCUGCAUCCGUUGGCCAUUUGAUCUUUCCCUUCCCGCUCCCUCCGCAACCGAACGGUCUGCAAUUCCUUCAUUGGCAAGCUUUUUUCCCACCAAUAGGAAGUCGGCGUCAUGUUUCAUUGCAAAGCAGGCGCCUUUCCCUGGACAAACGAGUAAGAAACCUAACGACACGGUGACUUGUUGAUCGUUAAGUCUGCUUUUACUUGACUGAUUUACACCCUUCAGCGACGGGCAUGCGGGGCCACGUCUGCACUUUCGGCGCCAGUUCAAACAAAGCAUCUGUGCAGUUGCGUCACCAUGCAGCGCCACCUAUCACGCUGCACCGGCAUCGACUGUGGACCUUGCCUGUGAAUACUCUUUCAUCCAGGACAUAGCAUUCUCAGGGCGCUCAGUCUAUCGCCUAACUGCUUUAUUGCUUACCAGAUUACAGCUGUCCUAUCUAGUCUUUGUCUUACCCUCACCAGACCAGAGCGAUCCUAUCUGGUCUUUGUCUGAUUCCUCAUCAGCCUAGAGCUGUCCUAUCUAGUCAGUCGUAUCCCUCAUCAAACUAGAGCUGUCCUAUCUGGUUUUUAUCUUAUCUCACACCAAACUAGAGCUGUCCUAUGUAGUCUGUCUUACUCCUUAUCAGACUAGAGCUGUCCUAUCUGUUGUUUGUCUUAUUCCUCAUUGGCCUAGAGCUGUCCUAUCUGGUGUUUGUCUUAUUCCUUGCCAGACUAGCAAUGUCCUAUCUAUUCUUUGUCUUACUGUAUUCCUCACCAGACUAUAGCUGUCUUAGUCUUAUCCCUCACCAGUCUAGAGCUGUCCUGUCUAGUCUUUGUCUUACUGUAUUCCUCACCAGACAAAAGCUGUCUUAGCUAGUCUUUGUCUUAUCCCUCACCAGGCAAGAGCUGUCCUAUCUAG